CCUCGGUCCGCUGCUGCUGCUCUGUGUUGUGCUGGGCUGGGCUGGGUUGAGACGUGGUGAGCAGACCGGUGCGAGAAACACACCACCACACCUCUCACCGGUCUGCUUUCGACUUUCAACAGCCAAUACUUUGAUCAACAGACCUCGUUUUAGCAGCUGCAGGCAACAAGUGGCUCAUCAAAAUGGUCUGGAUGCUCACCUUCUCACUUCUACUAACUGUGCAUGUCAUAUUUUUAACUCUGAUUCCUGUGAGUGCCGAGGAGGAGACCAGAGAAUGCAGAGAACAGGAGUACAAGGACCGGUUUGGGAACUGUAAACCCUGCAAGCAGUGUGAUGCAGGACAGGAGCUAUCAAAGGCCUCUAUAGUGUCAGCAAAGGCUUUCCUCUCUGGCAGCAGCUAUGCACCUACUUUUGCAAGUGUAGGCAGUGAUGUAAAGGAAUGUGGCUUUGGUUAUGGAGAGGAUGCCCAGUGUGUGCCCUGCCGGAGCAGUCGCUUCAAAGAGGACCGGAGCCUGCAGAAGUGCAAACCCUGCCUGGACUGUGGACUCAUCAACCGUUUCCAGAAGGGCAACUGUUCCACCACCAGCAACGCCGUGUGUGGCGACUGUCUGCCGGGAUAUUACAGGAAGACAAAAUUAAGUGGUUUCCAAGACAUGGAGUGUAUACCCUGUGGGGACCCUCCACCUCCUUAUGAGCCUCACUGCAGCGGGCGUGUGAACCUGGUGCCGCUGCCCUCGGUGGUGACCAGCCCGCGGGACAUGGCCCUGGCCGCAGUCAUCUGCAGCGCUCUGGCCACCGUGCUGCUGGCCCUGCUGGUCCUGUGUGUCAUCUACUGCAAGAGACAGCUGCUGGAGAAGAAGCCCAGCGCGGCCUCUCUGAGGUCCCAGGAUUGUCCCUAUAGUGGAGCAGAGCUGUCCUGCCUGGACCCACGCUGGCUCCACGACUUUCCCCAGAGACCCUGCUGCCAGUGCCACCUGGGCCCCGGGCACACCUGUGGUCCAGUCCACCUGAUCCCAUCUCUGUGCUGUGAUGAGAGCUGCAGUCAGGGCCGCAGCCGGGAAAACAGUCCCUUCCAGUCCCAGAUGAGCCUCAGUGACGGAAAUACAAACCAGGAUGUGGAAGGCACCCCGAUGCAGCUGGAAGGACGUCCGGAGUCUGUCUGCAAAGAGGGUUCAGAGCCUGCAGAGUGUUUGGGGCUGCUUCAGUGCAACGCUGAACCUGCAGGGAGACUGGAGGUGGAAGAAGAGGAGCAGGAGGAAGAGGAAGGGUGCAGGUCAAGGGAGAAUUCACCUGAGAGGACCAGGCAGAGCUACAGUGACGGUGUGACAGAUGCACUUCUUCCCAAACAGCACUCAUCAAGUCAGCAAGGUUAGGAUGACAAGGAUUUCUUUGGCUUGUGUUCCACCCUUGAACCACCCUGGACUCAAGAGCAGCCGCGGACCAGAUCCUGCAUCAGAUUAUUCACUAGUCCCCCCCCCAACACAGAUGAGCGGCAGCCACUCAAGUGUGGUUGCACCGCCUCUUUGAAAUGCCUGCUGCUGACCUCAGAGCCCAAGGGUCCAAACAGAAUAUGUACAUACAUGCAAACAAAAGCACUGCUGAGGAUAAGCAACACGAGGGCAAAGGCAUAGAAACACACACACACACACACACACAGAAUGUGAACUCACUGGCCCAGAAGGUGAAAUCGAAUGAAGUUCAAACGUCGAGGAGUAUUGACUUGAUACCGCGGAGCAAAGUGAAUCAAAGUGAGCCUCUGCUCUGCCUUGAGAAUGUGUCGCAUCUUCACAUGUAGGAGAACGUAAACUGUACCGCUGAUCUAGCAGCUGGUGUUAUGAAGCUUUUGUGUGUAAAGGUAACAGUUGUAAAAAUUUGAGGUGUGAAGAAAAGUAUCAAAAGUGAUUUAUAUUGCACAUUGAAGACAAUCUUGAUAAUAUGGAGCAUGUUAAGACGAGGAAUGUUUAAGUGAUAAAUGUGUUGUAGAUACUGUAAAAUAUGAAACAGGUCAAUAUUUUUGUAACAUAGACAUGACUGACAAUAUGUUUGCUUUUCUUCCCCCAGUUAUAGUGUUGAUGGAUGGUUGUGAAUGGUCACUUCCAUGUGUUUCUUUUGUAAAUAAACCACUUGAACAAG